GGGAGCCGCUGGUGCGGGCGCUGCGCUCACCGCGGCCAGGACCGGGGCAGCGCGGGCGAGCGGCGAGCGGCGCGGGGCGGCGGCGGCGGCGCCAUGGCCAAGCACCACCCGGACCUCAUCUUCUGCCGCAAGCAGGCGGGCGUCGCGAUUGGAAGACUUUGCGAAAAAUGUGAUGGCAAAUGUGUGAUCUGUGACUCGUACGUGCGGCCCUGCACACUCGUGCGCAUAUGCGAUGAGUGUAACUACGGCUCCUACCAAGGACGCUGCGUGAUCUGCGGGGGUCCAGGAGUAUCUGAUGCCUACUACUGCAAGGAGUGCACCAUCCAGGAAAAAGAUAGAGAUGGUUGCCCCAAGAUCGUCAACCUGGGCAGUUCCAAGACGGAUCUCUUCUACGAAAGGAAAAAGUACGGAUUCAAGAAGAGGUGAUCCUAUCUGUUUGCAGCUACACGUCCUGUCAGGUUGGCGAGAGGGCCUUGGAACACCUCUGGACUUUACUAUUAUUGAGAAGCAGCUGAUUACAUUUUCUAAGGCAGUAUAAAUCUGGUAGUAUGCUUGGAGCUGGAGAAGUAGCAGACUGAGUGGGGACCGAAACCUGGUCAGGACUAUCAGAAAGAGCAAAUGCGGAUUGUGUCUGCAUUCUCAGAAGCUUUUCUAGUAGUUGUUCCAGCUCGCUAAAAAAAAGUCCUGGUGAGCAAGUAUUAACAUAUGGAGGAGACCAGCCCAGUAAAAAGCAAGUGCCCUUUCUGGUGUGGGGAAACACCCUGUGUGCGUUCUUACCAUCCCUCCUCUCGGUCGUUAGAAAUCGCACCACACAUCAGGAUUGGAGCACAGACCCGUGUGCCCGCUCCCCCACCCUUCUUCCUCCAGUAUAUUUCCAGGCUGCCCUGUUUCGUAAGGAACCUAGCAGUGCUGGUGGCUGGUGCUGUCCUAGGGAGAACACAGCUGUUCCAUGUUUUCUUUGUCAGAUUAAUCCAAGGCCCUUUCUGUAACCGUUCCUGUAGGAUGCAAACCAAUAAAGCUUCUCUUUUUUUUUUUUUUU